AUGCAUCAGACCCGAGGUCCCCAGAAGUUGCGGGCGGCGACAAGGCAUCUUAUCGAGCAAAGCCAAAGGACGGAUGCGCAGAAGGCUUCCUCCUCAAGCCAUGCCGAUGGGAUUCCAAAAAGUUUGCCGACGAACUCCAUCGCGCCGCUCCUCUAUGUCUACCAUGUCCGCAUGUACCCGGUCUGGCCGAUUGUGCACGUCGAUAGCUUGAUCGCCGAUUUGCAACAACACUCCGAACGAGAUGACUACGAGACGAUAGCACUCGCGACCAGCAUAGCCGCUGCGACAAUGGCUCAACUACGGCUGGGAAAAAGCGCGACACCCGAACGGUCAGUCACAGCGGACAUCCUUGUCGCGGAGUGUUUGGAGGCUCGGAAACGAUUCGAUUAUCGUUCGCGAGUAAACUUAAACAGUGUGCGGACGGCCUUCUUCCUACAUGUAUAUUACGAAAACCAACAGCCCGGAGGAAGCGAGUCGGUUCUAUACCUCAGAGAAGCCAUCACUUUGGCGCAGAUGAUGUAUCUCCACCGCGAGGCAUCAUAUGGUGGCCUGGCAGCUGAUGAACAGAAGCUCCGCCGCCGAGUGCUGUGGUUGCUGUUUGUCACGGAGCGUGGUGUCUGCAUUCUUCACAAGCUUCCGGUUGUUCUCAAAACGGACACUGCGAUGCCCGAAACUGACUCGGAUGACGAGGUCCUACCUGCUUUUCUGAAGCUUCUGGCUUUGUUUAGGAUAUUCGAGCAAUCCCGCAUGUUUGACAUUGUGGAAGACUAUCACCUAGGACUUGAGCCCCCCUAUGGCUCCAGCAAUACCGCAGCCACCAAGUUUGAUGAAAUACUGGAAGACAGUUCCUCCGAUGGCUUUGGAGCAAUGGAUCGAGUAUCUGACGUUCAGCGGGCCGACAUUUGCGUGACAAGACAUUGGAUGCGCAUUCUCAUAUGGAAGGCCUUAUCCCACCGCAGCACUGCAAUCAACUCGUUCCUGUCGCCAACAUUCCCUUUGAUGGUUGGAAGAGAUCUGGUAAAUGUUGUCUACCGAUUACCUCGAGUGGCUCUCCAAGCACAUGGGCUUGGCAUGCAGUUGAAAUUAUACGAGAUCGCCAACUCUUUAGCCGACGCAGUCACCAGUACGGCUACGGUGUCAGAUAUGGCCCGAUGGGACCACGACAGCCGCCCGAGUAAUAUACUCGCACGCCUUCACUCUAUUCUAGCCGCAUUGACAGACGGUGAGGACAACACGCUGGUGAAUAUACUAUAUAGUAAGGUCGCCCGGGCACAUUUCAUGCGUCCCGCAAGAAUACUCCCAACACUGGGCCAUAAUAUCGGAAGAGUGUCCCAGAGACCUGAAGCUGUGACAAAAGCACACGCUCAGAACGAUCAAACCCAAAAUACUUGUUCGCGAUACGGGAAUAAUGAUGCCAGGACUGCAAGCGACUGGUCAGGAUUACUUGACACGGAGAGUCGGCCGGCCGGUGACGAUGGCCGUGCGAAACGGUCAAAUGCCGAGUCGACUACGUUAAUGCAUUACAGUCUGUUGGAAGAGGAUCCUGGGGACCUAUGGAGCUAUGCGCAACCUAGUUAUGAUCCUCCCGUCGACUCAUCCAUUCAGCACCUUAGUGCUGAGUCAAGUGCACUCACUGCUUCCACGACGUCCACAGACAUAGAUCUAGGGGCACUCGGUCCCAUGAUAACCAACGCUCUUUCCGAUCCCCAUGAAGAUUACAUUUGCCUAGAUGCGUAUCUACCUAUCACAAAUCCCGUUGCGGACACACAGUUUGCACGACUGAACGCCUUCAGCUGA